AUGUCUCUUGACUUCAGUAUAAUCAGAAACAACGACGGCCUUCAGAAAAAUCCCGAAAGCUGUGAGUCUAUAAAUGGUAAUGGUAAAAGUGUUUUGAAUCAGAAAAGUGAACUUCAGAGAGCUUUAGAAAAACGUGAAGCCGUAUUAAGACGAGAGACUGUUAAAAAAUGUGAAGAAAAUUAUAAAGACGAUCCAAGAACGGCAUUACAAAGAGCACUUGAACAAAGAGCGCGACAAAUUGAGCUUAUGGAACAUCCUCCUGCAGCUGAACCACCAAAUCCGUUAGUAACUGCGAGAGCAAAAUUACGGACACGCACGGAUUCACAGUGA